AUGCAGCCCGUCGUGGUGCUACCGGUACUGGCACUCAUGACCCCACAGUGUCUGGCACCUAUGUCAUGCGCACACGCAGUGGUGUUGCCAUCAACCCCCCCCGCCAAACAAAAUAAUAAGCGCCAAAGAAAUGCUGUCCCCCCGAGUCAUCUCCUGCUCCGGAUGACCCUAACCGGCCAAAACCUCGUCCUUACCCCACGUUCCUCGGAUACACCUGACAUCGACGAUGACGUACCCGUUACGGACACUCGCAUGGAUGAUGAUAUGAACGGCGGCCAGGCUAACGAAGAUGAGGAUGAGGAUAUGAUGGCUCCGUACGUGGAAAGACUUCAGUAUAUCGUUGGGAAGGCUGACGGUUGUCACCGUGAAGACAACGUAGAAGGUGAUAGCGACAACGACGCCAAGGAUGGCGAUGAAGAGCCUGAGGGUGGCGAUGAAGAGCUUGAGGGUGGCGAUGAAGAGCCUGAGGGUGGCGAAAAUAACAAGGACUUCGAGACUUCACAAGCCAGGAGACUUCGGCCUCGAAGGGUCAAGAAGGGCAGCUACAAUUUACAUUUCGAUGAUGGUUCUCAAAGCUCUUCAUCGGAUACCAGCUACCGUGAAGGCCCCGCAACAUCUGAUCAAGAUUCCGCCCAUGAGUCAGAUGCAAACAAAGACCUCGACCCCAACCACAACAGCCCGUCUUCACCGCCUGCUAAGCGCAGGAAAAGCGUGGACGGCUAUGUCAGGAGGGCAUCGAUGAGGCUCAGGAACUUGGACAGAAAACAGCAGAAGAAGCUGGGUGAUUGGCGCCAAGUAUGGCAAGUCCGCGCGCCUAUUCUCAUUGAGGCUGGUCUGUCCAUCAAGCAUUCACGAUCAGAGUCUGAUUGGAAUGCCCACCAACGCUGGUUCAUGGAUAAUAACCCCCGCAAGGACAAAGAAUCUAUCAUCGACUGGAAAGAACGUCAACGCAAACAUUAUCAUGCGAUGGGCAAGGAUGACGAAGAGUGGGACAUCAUUCGCAACUAUAACUUGUCUGCUUAUUCUCGCCUUGAAGGAGCGAGCCAGCCAUCGACGAGGCUGCUCGACGGCAUCCGGCUUUGUGCGGGGCUCCGACUCAUAAUUGGGGUGACUGCAACGAAAGCGAAAGGCUACAUAUAUCCGUUGUGCCGCAGUUCAUGGGGGGAGUGGAGUAGGGGCUUACGAGAUUCUACUUUCAAAGCAAAAACGAGGCUCCCCGCGACGUUUACAGGAGGAUAUGGCCAAUUAUGGUACUCGAGCACACUUCGAAGUUUGGGUCAACCCAAAGCAGUCCAGUGGCGGAAGCUUCUUGACUAUGCUUUCCAGUACAAGUUCAUGAUUAAGAACUGGCCUGAAGACGUUGAAGGAUCUUCAACUCAGCUGAGGGUGCAGCUGAUAUAA